UUGAGGUUACAGCAAGGUAGCCGUCAACAAUCCGACACGUGCUUGUUUGGUUGUUAUUUUAUUUUAUUAUUUAAGCAAAGCAGUAAGUCCCGUGCUUAGCAGCGAUGCCGAUCACGUCCUUAGCAGCGCAGCUCAAGCGCCUCGAAGCCCCGCAGACGAAUCUGCUGAUACACAAGAAGAAAAAGGCGUCCUUCCUGUUCGACUCCAAAGAAGCAGCACGCCUCGACAGAGACACCUUUUAUGAAAUCGGAAUCAGUGGACUUGAAGAGCUGAAGGCAUUGAAUCCAAAUUUUGCAUCAUUUGAAACGACUCUGUUUGAUGUUACUUCCAAAGGAUUUGAGCGUUCAAUGGAAACGCAAGAAACAAAUGAAAAGCUGAACUAUCACAUUAGAAAUUUCCUGGUGUUAUUAUCGCCUUAUUUUCUAAUUAAAUCAUCACACAAAGCAAUCGAAUGGCUUAUUAAUAGAUACCACAUACACGAGUUUAAUGUUGAUGAUAUUAUGUUUCUUAUACUCCCGUAUCAUGAAACGAUGCAGUUUGCAAGGAUGCUGCAGUUGAUUCCGAUCCAAGAGCAAGUCGGAACUUGGCAUUGGUUGUACAACGUCAAAAGGGAAGGCGUGCCACUAUCAAAAAUAGCCUUGUUAAAUAGAACUGCAAAAGACAUGUCAUUUUUAAAAUUUGUCGCAAACAUGCCAAUCGAUGCUAUCAAAGUAUAUUAUUCUCAAUCAAUUAUCCAUGGAAAUAAAGCUCACAGUUUAGCCACACUUUAUGGGUUUUAUUGUACAACUGUAAUAGGAGGUUUGGAAUAUUCAGAAACUAUCACGGAAAUUCACAUCAGCCAUUUGUUGCCGUCAUUGAUGGCUGGUUUGAGCUCAACAGUACCUGACUUCACAGCGUCAACAUACAUGAUAAUUGCUAGCCUGUCUACAAAAGCUUGCCUUGGGGAAAAAAUUUUACAUGGUCUAUUUAAUAAGAUAUGUAAAGUGGAACAUAAAAAGUUAUACUCAGAAACAACGCUCAUAUUGGUAUUGCUGUGUCAAAGUUCUUUAAAAAAAGUCAGUUUGCCAGAAGCAGCAUUAAAAAAAUUAGCAUCCACUGACUGGCUUUUGUCAAGCCUGACUACACUUAGCAAACAAAACAUCCUUAUAAUUCCAUUUGUGGUUUGUCUUUUACGUUCUGCUAUCAAACUUGUCAUUCAAGGAGGGGAAGAGUUAAAACCUUUCGUUCAAAGUCUGUUGAAUCAACUUCAGCUCGACAAUUCAGAUGCCCAAGAAAUUUUCAACUGCCUUUUAGAAGAAUUCAACGAAGAAUGCGAAGAAUCGAUUUUAUGCUGGUACAGCACUCUGGUAAGGGAACUCGAAAAAAGUUUCCCUAAUGUUUUUGAUGUAACUGCUUCCCGAGCUCUUUCAGCGAAAGGAUCAAAGGGGGCUGUUGCUUUAGAAACCUUACUGGGUGUGAAUAUAUCAAGAAAUGACCUGUAUGAAAAAUUAGUUCAUACUAAUGAAGAUGUCAGAGUUUCUGCUAUUAAGCACAUCACCAAACAUUUAGAACCUGAACAGUUGGGAUGGUUGAGACAAUCUUUGUUAGAAAGGUUCAAAGAUGAUAGCUACAGGGUUGUUAAAAUGCUGCUUUCGAUGCCACAACCUUUAAUCAAUUCUCUUUCGCCUGAGGGGCUAUUUGAAAACUUAAUUGUCGUGAUUUCAAAAUUUAGCUUUCACCUAGUGAUUCUGAAAAAUGCCAUAUCCAUGUUAAUGUCGAUGGUCACUCCUGAAAAUCUAUCAGCAUUUGUCCUAGCAGCCUUACCAGAGAUACUGCCUAUAAUAAAACAUAAAGUUUUAAAGGAUAUCGACAUACCUGAAUUCUGUAGUUUUUUCUCCACUAUCAAAAGAUCUGACGAAGAAGCAGAUCCGGGAAAAAUUGUGUGGAGUGUUUUGGCCAGAGAAGGAGUAUUGCCUCCAAUUGACAAUAUUUUUACUGCUUUUGAAAAAUCUUUGCUUUUUACAAAUAAUAGUCGUUACUGGUUUGCCAUGUCUUUGAUGGUAGCUAACAGCAUUCCUGCAAAACCUGAUCCUACGAGGGUCAAGAAAAUAGUGAAUUUCCUCCUUGAUUAUCUUAAAUGCCACAAGAUGUGUGUUGAAAAUGAUGGAGAACUAUUAAAUGAAAAUACCAUAUGCCAAUGCUUGAAUAAAUCAAAGGAAAGGCUUCCAGUUGAAGGUGCAUUGUAUGCUUUAACUGUUUUGACAUCAAAAACACUCAAUACACAAAAACAUUUGAAAUCUCCUUGGUUUGAUUUCAACUCAAAGGGGAAUAUUUUUACAUUAUUUGUUUACAAAGUGAUUCAUGAAGGAAUCCAAUCUCAGAAGAAACAAAUCAAAAAAGCUUUUUCGAAAACCCAAAUUAUUUUCCUUAAGAAUCAUUUUCCAAAUGUGGAAACGCAGAUAAAUUUUCUCCUCAACGCACUCAUCUAUGACUCUUCUCUUGGACAAAAGUGUAUUUCCUUGAUUGAAGAUAUAAUAAGAAAUGACGAAAGCUUGCUAUCUACUCUGAUAAAACAAGAUUCUGCAGUGGUACCUGCGUUGAUGAUGUUACUUGGAUCUAAGGAUGAGCCUGUCCGAACUGGAGUUAUCAAUAUUAUUCAGAUUAUCACUGGUUCUCUGGCAAAUGAAUUUUACAGACCUCUUUUAGACGAGCUUGCAGCUUUUGCUAUUGAACUGAAGCUUGACCAUGAGCAAAUUGUUAUUUUUGCUUAUUCGCAUUUGUCUCCGGUGAAAGAAAUUUCAUCUAUGCUUAGUACAUCAAAGCGAGAAAGCUUUAGACAAGUAUUAACAACCCUUUUAUCCACCAUUACUUCUGUUUCCACACCAAUGUACAUUAAAGCCAAGUUGUUACAGAUUUUAGAAUUUGUUCAGUCCGAGGAAUUAUUCUAUGAACUUCUUCCUUUAGCCAUGGAACUUCUCAAUGAAACGAAAACUUUAAGUGAAGUCGAAUCGACAGUGCUCUCUUUUAUUCUGAAAAGAUUUAAUCCACAGAUCAUUAAUUGUGUGAAUGAGCCGAAGAUUUGGGAUUUUCUCGCUAAAGGAUUCUCUGAUCACAGGAUGCAAAUGGACGAUUCUGAGGCCGGCAAAAAAAUUUGUCCUGCCGCUGUUUUAAUGAAUCAGAUAUCAAGAGAUUUGUUUGAGAACAUGCCUGAACCCAAAAUGGAAAAUCAAGAGAAACUCUUAUGUCUUAUUAUAACAAAUAUAACCGAUUCUGAAAAUGCCCAAGUGAUUUCAGCUUGUGCCUCGUUAUUUAAGAGAAUUGCUAUUGACUGUAAAAUUCUGGUGUCUUUGUUAUAUCCCAUGAUCACCGUGCAGGCUCCUCUUCUGGCGGAGAAAAAGGGUUUACGCCCCAGAUUGAGAAAAAGUAUUGCUGCCAUUCCAUCGUUAGAGAUUUUAGAAAGUCUUGAAUGGAAAAAAGGAGUUUGUCUGCUUGAAAUGACUCAGAAUAAAAAGAAGUUAACAUCGAUAAAUUUACUUUUGCCAGUUUUAUUCAACAUUCUAAAAAAAUGUCUACAAUUUGAGGAACAAGGGCCAGUAGAAUAUAAUAAACAGUUGGUCCUAUCCAGCAUUCUCCAUUGCUGUGAACGUCUGACUGAAAAAUCAGAAAAUAUUGUACUAUCGCAGGAAACAUUGCACGUCGAUCUGGUCGUAGAUUGUCUUAGGGCUUCUCACAACCCUCAGACACACCAUCACGCCCUUUUGACCCUGACUUACAUCGCCCAUCUCAUACCUGAACAAGUUCUACACAACAUAAUGGCGAUAUUUACUUUUAUAGGAUCUUCUGUACUGCGGCAAGAUGACGCUUACAGUUUUCAAAUAAUAGCAAAAGUUAUUGAUACGAUCAUACCAGUAUUAAUAAAGACUUCAUCGCAUCAAGAGCUAGAACUGUCGGUCUGUAAUGUGAUCAGGGUAUUUGUUGCCGCUCUGCUUGAUGUCCCUGAGCAUAGAAGAAUACCUGUAAUGCGUAAAUUAAUGGUUACAUUGGAGGAUGGAAAAUAUUUAUGGAUAUUCCUCCUUUUAGUGUUUGAAAGCCAGGUUUUAAGACCAACCACACAAUCCACCGAACUAAGCAAUUUUGGCCUUCAAGAAAAUACUGUUCUACCCAAGAAACUUGAUAUAGCACUUCAGAUAUGCGGAGAAUUCCCUCCACCUGUCAUUUUAUUGACCUGUCAUAAACUUUUAUUGCACGUUUCAGCAUUGCCAAACAAUAAGGAUGAUAAAAACGUCCAAAAAGUUAAAGACAAUCUAAUAUUAUCAAUAUUUAAUGUCAAUGAUAAUACUGGAAAACAAUUACGACAUUAUAAAUACACACUUGUUAUGUUCAUGUCUUAUUUACUUUCUUCAAACACUUUUGUUCUACAGAUAGCAGAAUUAGCUGAAGAUGAAAGUGAAUCUUUGGAAGGACUUUUUGAAGUCAUUCUUGAACAAAAUUUAAUAUAUAUUCGAAGUGUUCUUAAACAGGUAGAACUUUCUUCUGGGCAGCCUACGGCAAAGUACUGGAAGGCAGUUUUAAAUCAGACAUAUGACAUUCUAGACAAGAUCAAUGCUUUAUUGCCGACUGCGAUGUUCCUAAGGGUUGUUAAGAGUUUGAUGAACAACGAAUUAGAGGCCAUUAGGAGAAAAGCCAUAGAACUUUUAGGCUGGAGGUUACAGCAACCCAGGCCCGUACCCACUGAGGUGCUCAUUGGGCUUCUCAAACCGCUCAGGUUGUGUUUGGACACAAUUUCGCCACAGGAAGUCUCACAGGAUGUCCAGCUUACACAGCAAACAGCUCUUUUAGCCAUGAAAUUAAUGGCUAGACAUCUUGCCCAUAUUUACAAAGACGAGUUCAAAAUGGUUUUGGUGAAGUUAUCAGGCAUUAUUUCACUUGAAUUUCCUCCUAAUUGGGCUCUUAUAGGAUCUCUUGUUUUGUGCAUUGGCGAAUUGACCACAGCCCUCAAAGCACAUUCUCUUUUUCAACUUCAAGUUUUUAUGCCUGCCAUUAUAAAACAAUUGCAGAACCAUAGAAAAGAAGAAGGAAAUGAAUUGCUUCUACUAAGCAUUGUCACAUCCGUGCAGAAAAUAGUUGACUGUUUAGUUUUAUUCAUUAGUCCAUAUAUUGAUUCCCUUUUGUAUGAAUUGAGUCUGUUAUCGGCGAAAUUUUCCGGUGAACAGCAAGAGUCACCUAAAUCCCAUUUGGUCCAAAAACUCAAGAUGAUAAGGCAAAAAUUAUCUAGUGAAACUCCAAAUCGUGUUCUAGUGCCAGCAGUAUCAACUUGUUUUACAAAACUAAUCAAACAUAAUGCAUUUUCUGGUGUUUCACCCCUCAUGUCCAUACUUUCUGAAAGUAUCACAUCAUCCUCUGAUUUGACAGUAGAAAUGACCAACUUUUUCCUGACUGCUCUACAAUUUAGAGCGAAUUUUCCUGAGCUGCCUUUAGAUCAAAUUGAAUCAGUCGAGACACCUGUUAUUUCGUCGUUGACUGUAAUGGUACUUAAACUGUCGGAGGCUGCUUUUAGACCUCUGUACCAUAAACUGUACGACUGGGCUGUUAGAAAUACAGACCAAACCGAACGUGCUAUAACUUUUUACAGGUUGUCGGGUAAAAUAGCGGAAUCGCUGAAAAAUCUGUUCAAUCUUUUCGCUGGUAUUUUCGUGGCGAAUUGUUCCGAAUUAUUGGAACAAAUAAUUUCAAGCAAACAAAAAGAGGAAUGCUACGCAGUAUUUGAGGGAGAAUUCGGCGAAGAAAAAACUUGCUUGCUUCUCGACUGCAUAUUGAAGACUUUACUUACAAUAUUUACUUACGAUUCUCAAAAUUUUAUAACAAAAGAAAGAUUCAACAAUUUAGUUCAUCCACUUGUCAAUCAGUUGGAGAAUGAAGUUGGAGGUGUGGAAAUGUGGAAAGAGCGUUGUGAGAAGCUUCUUACACCCUGCAUCGCUCAGAUGUCUACAUCAACUUCUGACGAUUCUUUAUGGAAACAGUUGAAUAACCAAGUCCUUUUAAAAACACGACAUGAAAAGUCACACGUAAGAUUGGCAGCCUUGAGAACAAUUUGCAAACUAGCGGAGAAACUUGGAGAAGACUUUUUACCACUUCUUCCUGAAACUGUACCUUGCCUAGCUGAACUUCUUGAAGAUGACGAAGAAGAGGUUGAAAAAGAAUGUCAAAGAGUUGUAAACGAAAUGGAAGUUAUUUUAGGAGAACCGAUACAAAAAUAUUUUUAAUUUGUAAAUACUUUACACAUUAUGUAUAAAAUAA